AUGCUCCCUCAACGAAUUGCGCGGGCCUCGGCCCUGCGCAGCGGCAUGACAGCUGCUCGACGACUCCCUACGAUUCAGCGACGAACCUUCCUCCCCGAUCAGUACACCGACAAGAAGGUCAUUGAUGCGAAGUACCCUGAAGCUCCGAGGAUGACUGAGGCAGAGGACCCUGGAAUGAACGGCGGCUACAUCAACCCACCCCGAAUCAAGCGCCAGUUCCGUGACCCUCAUGCCAACUGGUGGGAUCCUCAGGAGCGACGAAACUUUGGUGAACCCAUUCACGAGGAUAACGAUGUUCUGGGAAUCUUUUCUCCCUGGGAGUACACCUGGACCACCGCCGGACCUGGAGCCGUCAUGGUCGGUACCUUCAUCGCUGUUUUCAUGAGCGUCACCGGAAUCGUCUACCUCAACUAUCCCGACCGCCCAGCUUACCCCCGAUCAUUCGAGGGUGGUCUGGAACGAGAGCUUGGUGGCCCCGGAGCUACAAGGGCUCGUACGGAGGGUGAUGAGGAUCCUUGA